CAUCGUGUCCCUAGUCUGCUCUGAAGUAAAACUUCCUGCCCUGCCAUAUCCCACGCACAGCAACCAAGGACCUUAAGAGAAAAGCUGCUUUUGGACCAAUUAUCUCUUAGCUAAAGCAUGGAAAUCUCUACUCUCGCCACAUACCAUUGCCUUGCUUUCGUCUGGUACUUUUUUGUAGCCUAUUCCAUCGUAUACAUCAGAACAGAAGAGCGGCCAUCUGAAGUGUUCCUUUACGGUGGGCAGUGGAAAUAUUUGACAGUCCUCAAUCUGAUUUUGCAGGCUGUCUUCUAUGGGGUGUCCUUCCUGGCUGAUGUGUUGAGACUAAUUAAGAAACUGCGAUGUGCUAAGUGCGUAAUUUCCAGCAGAGACCUUCUUUUCAGUGUCCUGGCUUUCCCAGUGUCCACAUUUGUGUGUAUAUCCUUUUGGACACUGUAUUCCUACAAUCGAGAGCUGGUUUACCCCAGAAGCCUUGAUAGAGUGAUCCCAUUCUGGUUAAACCACGCUAUGCACACAGCUGUACUGCCAUUUGCUCUCCUGGAAAUCCUUGCCUUGCCACACCGUUACCCAGCAAAGAGGAAGGGAUUGAUUCUAUUGGGAUUUGUCGCUUUUUUGUAUAUCAGUUGGGUCCUGUGGAUUUAUUCUGUAACAGGAGAGUGGGUAUAUCCUCUCUUUGCUUUGUUCAGCCCACCUGGACUAGCAGCCUUUUUUGCCGGUAGCCUUGCUGUCAUCGUCUCUUUCUACAAUUUUGGAGAGUUCCUCAACCGUAUGAUAUGGGGAGAUUCAAUAGUAAUACUGGACCACAAAUGGAGAAGCAAGUGAAUCCUUCUCUUGAAGCCAAACGAUCACUCCAUGAAUGCUGAAGCCAUGAAGUAGAGGAAAAUAAAUGCAGCUGUGAUAAAUCCUUUCUCCAAUGCAUUGCAGCUUCUGGUGAAGCCAUUAUGACAUCAGACAUAUGGGAAACUGGUGGAAAAAAUGAAAUGUUUGCCUCUUACAUGAUAACUCUGAAACUGCUAUGAAUAAGAAAAUUGUGUUCAUCUGUUUACACAGAUUUCUCAUCUCUUGCACAAUGUAUGUGAGGAUGUGUCCAUGGUUAAAACUCGUCACUGGUAAAUGCACUCCCUCAUGAGCUUGGCACCACUCUGUGAAAGACCUGUGAAAGCAAGCCAACUCUUGUUUGGAUUGCCCUUCAUCAAGUCUGGAAAAAAUUAAGAGGAGAGAUAAUUUUAACAGUGCUGUGACUUCCAAGCUAGCUAGAUAACAAAUUGGGCUAACAAGGACUGUAAUUAGAAAUGUCUGCUCAGAAAGUUCACCAUGAAGCCAAGUUCUUCUAACAAGAAACUUUCUGUAAUAUUAAUAUGCUUAAUAUCUCCCCUCCAUUUUAACAGGAAAUCCGAGGGCAACACUUUCUUCAUUUUUCUUGGUUUCAGUUAAUCUCACAGCAAAAGUAACCUAAUUAUACUGACUGUAUGAUUGCUUUGACAGAAAGCAUGUUAAUUUAAAGCACUGUUUAACAUAAAGCUGCCUGCCAUAUAAUUACACUCCAUUCACAUGUUUACUAAUCUUCCUCAAUAUAGUUGAUUUGUUAUUAGCCUCAACGUCUUGUUAACAUCUAAAACACUGGAGAUCUGCUUUGCAAACUCCAAUAAACAGGCAAGCCUGAAAGUACAUAAGCGUUCCAUAAUGGUCAAUGUGAAAAAGAAAAAUCUUUGUUGUUAUUCUUGCAUUUAAAGAGGAUUUGAAACUAGUUGCAGUACUUAAAUGUCUAACUCCGUGCUCAUUGCCAAAACCCUCGCUUAGAGCUACUGUGCAUGCAGUUCACCGGGGUGUUAUUUUCACCUUUCGAACGCUGCU